AAAGCGUCGCGUGCACCAGGAGGGGGCCGCCUCCGGAGCCGUAAGUGGAGGCGAGGCGGCGCCGUGGGCCUUAGGGUGUGGCGGGCCAGCGCCGCUGGAGGGGGGCUCCUCUCCAAGCUCCCGCCCCUACCUCGCCUGUUCCCGCAGCUCCGGAGCCCGCGGGAAGGACCUUUGAGCGAGCAGAGAGCUGGGCGCGGGCGAGAUGGCCCUGGUGCCCUAUGAGGAGACCGCGGAAAUGGGGCUGCAGAGAUUUCACAAGCCUCUUGCCACCUUCUCCUUGGCAAACCACACGAUACAGAUCCGGCAAGACUGGAAACAACUGGGAGUCUCAGCGGUAGUUUGGGACGCGGCUGUCAUUCUGGCCACGUAUCUGGAGAUGGGAGCUGUGGAGCUCAGGGGCUGCUCUGCCGUGGAGCUGGGUGCUGGCACGGGGCUGGUGGGCAUGGUGGCUGCCCUGCUGGCAUAAAUCUCACCGGCAGUCAUUUUAUUACCAUCUUCACGUACCAUCAAUACCCUGCACUUCCUUGCUUCAUCCUCUUCUCUGGGCUCAAAACAAGGUUACGUGCAGCUCUCCACUUGUUCCAGGCCUGCACCCAGGCAGCUGAAUGUGGCUGGAGGAAACAGACUACUUCUGGGUCUCAUUUUAAAUUCCUGGUCAGGACCCUCUGGGGGCUCUUCGUGCUGCUGAGGAGUCCAGCUCUGCUCCCUCUCUGCUGACCUCCAGUCCUCCUUUCUCCACUUUCACUCUGAGCUGAUGACAUUUCUCCUUAUUUUACUGAGAAGAUUGAAGCAAUCAAGAGAACUUCUGUAAUGUCCCGGCACUGUCUCUAACCACCCCCUGCGUCUGCACCCACGGUCUGCCUUUGUUCCUGAUGCCUGCCGUAUGCACGUGGACUGUGUCUCCUCCCCGGGGCCAGCCCUCUCUUGCCUGUUCAAGGGUGUUGUUGCAGUGGUUCUCUUUCCUGCAUUAUCACUUUUCCCUCUUUCUACCUGAUCAUUCUCAUCAGCGUACAAACUUGCUGUUAUUUCUCCCAUCCAAAAAGUAAAAAAUAAAACUUAAUAAGCGGCUGAUUGUAGUUCUGUAGCAGGAAACGUAUAAGUUGACCCUGGAAUAUCUUGUCGUACCAGAGAGCAAGGAAGCUAUCAAGGAUGACUGGGUUUGUGUCAAAAGUCCAUUGGCAAAAGCUAGACAAUUUGAACAUCGAUAAUGAUGAUGGCAUGGGUUUAAAUACGUCAGAUAUGUUUAAUGCAUGAGUUCAUGAUACAACAACAACAAAGUAAACCCAAUCUGUCAUCUUUGGAGGAUACUUAGAAACCAGCUCUUUGAAAUCUGGUUUAUAAAAGGGGAGAGAGCAAAAUUUAUCCUGCCUUUCCUAUUCAAACAAUUCCUCUACAAAAUGAAUAACCGAGUAGUAAUUGAAAGAAGCUUUCUCAACAAAUAAAUGCAAAAGGAAUCUAAUAAAUUAAGGAUCUGGGCAUUGAGUAUUUGUGGUUGCUCACAUGACAAAAAUAGAGCCUACCGGGUAUUACAUCCUCUUGAUGAAAAACACCACCACCACCUGUGAAAUACUCUUGUUCAAAAAAUCAGACUCAAAUCAGACAAAUUUCCAGGAGAUACAGAGCACAGAGGAACAUGUCAAACUAUACAAAUGGCAUAAUGAGCCAAAUCUAGAUUGUGGGAAACUACAGGACAGAUGAUUUGUUUCUUCCCUAAAUUGCAGGAGAAAAAAUAAAUAAAUAAAUACAUACAGGAAACUGAUAGAUUAAAAGAAACUUAAGACAUCCUGCAUACCCUUCACCCAAAUAAACAAACAAAAACUCCCAAAACAAAACCACAGGCAAGAUGAUAAUAUUCUGUUAGCUGAAUAUUUGGGGGAUAAAAAUCGAGUAACUAGUGAGGGAGUGAUUGCCACAGCCAGGAGAGUGGUUACUGCUGGGUGGCCUGUGUUUGGGACUUGGCCUGUGGUGGGAGUCUGGGAGCCGUGACAGCAAGGAGGGAGCCUGCAGCUCGCCCACCCGCAUCACUGUGGACACCUCCUCACAGGUCUUCUUGCUCUGGCCUUGCCUCACUGCUAGGAAUUCUGUUAAAACCUAAGUCAGAUCACUAGUACUUCUGCUCAGCACUCUCCAGUGGCUUCCCAUCUCACUCAGAAAAAGCCAGAGCCUUUUUGGAACUUAACCUGUGAAGCCCCAGCUGAUCUGCCUCCCUCCGGUUACUUCUUUAACCUGUUACUUCUCUCACUUUGUCUCCUCCUGCUUUAUCCCUCCUUCCAACCACUCUAGCCUCCUCCUUGCCUGCCCCUGUAGGCCUUUGCACUUGCUCUUCUACUUGCUAGGAAUGUUCUUCCCCCUGAUAUGCAUUCGGUUAUUCCCUCACCUAAGUCACCUUCUCAGUGAGGCCUUCCCUUUCUACCCAACUCUCUUACUUCCUGAUGUUUUAUGUCUCUCUUUCCUGCUUUAUUGUUUUCCGUAGUAUGUAUCUCCAACUAACAUACUAGAUAUCCUACUUUUAAAAACACCUCUUGCUGCCUAUCUCCUCACUUGAAUGUAAGUUCUAUGAGGGUAGAGGUUUUUCUCCCAUGCUGUUGGUAGACACUUGGAUGUUUGUAGAAUUGAUGGACCUUAUGGGGAAUGGUCAACUGACAUUAAGAUCCUACUGAAACUCCUGGAACACCUGGCAGGUUAGAAGUAGCCUCAGAAAUCCCUGAGACAGGAGUUAGAGGAGGUCUCCAUCUAAGAGCUAUUAACAGGAACACUGAGGUGACAUGCAAAAGACCAGAUCACUCCAGUAUUCCCAGCAGAGUGCUCUGUAGACUGUUAGGAAAUCCAGAGGUAAAGUUCUAAGUUAAACCAGGAAAAGGCUGUUUGUGAUGUCUGUUAUCAGGAGAGAUGAAAAGUAUCACUGAAUUUUGCUCAUUGGGCAGCACCCUGUCUAGCAACAAAUGGUCAAAGUGGUAGGUGCAUGCAUCUAACAACUUGCACAUUUUCAUAGUAUCACACUCAGGACUGAGUCAGAUGUCAAACUGAAUUACAUACUGUCCUAAUGUUACAUGUCAAGAUAAGAAACAUUCAGUAUAAGCUGCCACUGAAAUGGUCUGGGAUCCUCUUGGGGAUUACCCAUGAAGAUUGCAGACUGAAGGAUGCAGAUGAGAAAUUUUAGGAAAGAAUGAAACAUUAUUUUUAAGUUUCAGAAUUUAUGGGGUCAAAACCAGGAUUACAUGUACUGUAGUGUUAAUACAAUGUAGAUGAGGUAUUUCGGGGCUGACCUUAUGUGGUUGCUUCUCCUGAAGGAUACCUACCAGUUCAGACUCCUCUCGGUCAUAUUGGUUCAAAAAGUUGGAUCUCUUAGUUCAUGGUAAACAACCCUCAAGAAACAGAUUAAUAAAAUAUUGCCUCAUUCAUUUUACACAUUGCAUGUAGAAACUUAGCACAUAGAGAACAUUACCUCACAUUUUAACCUGCAGUACUUUAAUACAAUCUAGUCAUUUCUAACUUUACUAUUUUUCAAUAAUUAUAUAUGAAUUGCAUGAAUACAUAUAGAUUGUCUGCUUCAUGACAGCAUAAGGAGAGGAAGACUGAGAUUCCUUACUAGCCAGCUAAUCUUUUCCUUGAUUCUUUUUAAAGCUUUAGCCCUAGAAAGGAACCUUUCCCGGUUUAUGGUACCUUGUCAUCUUCAUAAUUGUUUGCUCCCAGAUUUUUCAUCUUUGGACUCCAUUUUACCCUGAGGCCUACUGACAUGAAGACGGUGACCUAAUAAAUGAAGUAUAAUGGUAGAUACCUGUGAAGGGUGGGCCACUUCUGUCUGCACAAUUCAGAAGCAUCAGCUAGCUUGUCACCUGUAUUUAAUAGGCAUAACUUCAGCAAACAGCAACUGUGUCAUAGAGGCAAACCAAAGUUUCACUUUUACCUACAGGCAGUAGAGAAGGAGCUGCUGGCCAUUGUUCUGACGUAUCACAGCUCUCCACGAAGGCAUCAUAUUGUGUCUUAUCAGGUGGAAUAUUUAGAGACACUCACCCUGCUGUUUAACUUGAUCCCUCUACCUAUUAGUUGUACUGAUGUGUGCAUUACUUUCUG